AUGAUUUUUAGUAUUUUCUUGGUCAGAACUUCGAGAUCACAAUGUUUCAAAGGUUGGUCAAUUAAAAAAUAAUUAGUUUUUGAACCGGAAAAAGGAAGGAAGAAGGAAGAUACUACAUAAUUUUGUAUAUAUAAAUUUUGAUUUUUGAACUGUAAAAACUGGUUUUUUGGUGGAGAUUGGGUAUUUUGGUGGGAAAAAGUAACGCGAUGCGUUACUUUUUCUAGGGGUUUGGGUUUCAAAUUUUCCUACUUCCCAAUUUCAAACAAGCUUUUUUUUUCAUUCGUUCACGAUGUACUUUAAUAUCCAAAUAAAAUGGAAUUUUUUAUCAAUCAACCCGAGAAAAAACCAGAUUUUGUAUUUUUCCCGAAAAAAAUAUCAAAUUGCAUAAUUUUUCUCACUUUGUCAAUUUUUUCCACAAAAAACAGGAUCUCCCAAAAUUUCUCCCAGCAAGCAAAAAAAAAUGGAAAGGGAUUAUCCGAAAGGAUUAACCUACAGAAAUUGAGAAGACAAGUUUGGGAUUCAGGAGAAAUUGGAAUUUAUUGUUAGAUUUAUUGUUGUUUCUCGAGAAACAUUUUCAGGAGGAAAAGGAUAAUAUUACUUUACUUGAAGAAAAAAUAGUUGAAUAUGAAAAGAAUCAGUGAAAUUUUGUUCGUUUAGAAAUCGAUGAAGAUAUAUGCUCUCAACGAGAAGGUUUUGACACAAAUUGUGAUUCUCGUUGCACUCAAAUCUAUGGUUCAAAACUACGAAGUGAAUGUCGAGCUCGUCAAACUGGCACACUUUUAUCAUUUUUCGGAAUUCGAAGUUUCAUUUGUCGUUGUGAACUGGCGUCAAUUUUUUGCACAAAUCCACAAUUGGCACAACAUCAACCAUUUCAUCAUUUUGUGAUACAACAACACUCCGUAUUGACACCGAUUAAAACUCCUGUAAAGAAAGAAAAUCUAUGUAAACGUGGCUCGAAUUUUUUGACGUGCCGUGACAAUUUUGCAUCUCCUCGAUGCUCUUGGCAACUUUCCAAUAAUUUUGAAUGGUUUGGAGCAACGCCAAAAGAUACAAAUAGUGGCUCCAGUCCGUUUGGGGCGAAUUUUUUGGCGGGAAAAGGUGGAGAGCUGGGUACUGUAUCGACGUGUGAUGGAUUGUGCUCGAAGAGUUCGAUGAAUUUGACAGCGAGAGUUUGGAGAUCGAAAAAUGUUGUAGUCGAAUUGUGUUUCAAGUUAGUUUGGGGGAAAGGAUUGAUUUGAAAAAUGACUUCUAGAAUUUUUUUCUGAACUUUUUCAAAAUUUCAGUAGAAAUCCCGAUGUCAAUAAAAAUCUAGAACUUUCAGAAAAAUUAAUGAACAUCUCACAGUUUUUUUUUACGGAAACCGAGAGUUAGCCAAACUCUUAGAUCUUCCAAUUUUCAGAGAAAAUGAAGCAAUUAUGUGCGCUCCAGUGCAUUCUUCAAAUGGUGCUCUAAUCAACGAAAUUCUUCCGGAAACUGAACAUUUUCAGGUAUAAUGUAACUCUUGUUCUCUCCCCUAACAUAACUACUUUUUUCUAGAUUUCGCUCAAAUUUUCAAACAUCACUUCACCUGAUGAAAUGGUUUUAAUCGAUGAUUUAUCGCUGAACUUCACAGCUUGCUCAAAAAAUAUUCCCGCACCAAAGCUCAAAUCCAAACUUCAUUCGGACUCUUCCAUGAUUUCGGGAUCAAUUAUUUCGCGUCAGAAAACACAGCAAAUUUUUCACUACGCAUUUUCUCAUUGCACAAUUUCACGUGUCGCUACAGUAUUUUCGCAAAAAAUGUCUUUUUUUGUGUUUUUUUUCACAAAAAAUGUGUUUUUGAAGCCGAAACCGCAGGAAACAUGCUCAAACUACAUUUUUAGAAGUAGUUGAUAAUUUUUCAAGUAGUAAUAGUUUUUUGAAUCAAAAGUUUAUUGUCUUUCCUGGGAAAAUCGAGAAAAAUAUGGAGAAACGUCAUUUUGAGCGGAAUUAGAAGAUUAAAAGCAAUUAUCUGGCUUCCGGACCUCCCUCAACCCUUCUUUGCUCAAUUCUGAUAGUGAAAAAUCAACUUUUCCCUGAAAUUCGGGUUCAAAUCCUCAAAAAACGAGUAAAAACAGGAUUUUAUUAGGCUCCGCCCAGAUGUGUGUGCCGCGUGAAAAACACAUUCUGCAAUGAUUUUUUUAUUUGAGGUCACGUAGAAAAAAAUUUGCUGUGGAAAAUGUGUCAGGGACGCGCCGGUUUGUCAUACUGUAGACAGAAAUGCAAAGCUCUCGAAGGAGCUGAGAAUUCAGCAAGAUGUUUGCGACAAAAAGAGAAUCCAGUUUUGAAAAAAUGUGUGUGUCAAGUUAGAAGAUCUCCGCAAAUCAAGAAAAUUGAUGGACCUGAGAAAGAGCCAACUGAAGAAAAGCCUGAAGAAAUUCCUGAAAUCCUUGAUAACAAAAUACACGAUGAUGAGGUUACGGUAUCCACUACUACAGUAUCGACUACAGUACCUCAAGUAUCUGCCACGUGUCAAGAGUCAAAGUGUUCAUUUGAAAAAGAUACAGAUUGUGAUUGGGCUGAUUUGAGAAUGUUGAGCAAACAUUUCAAUAAUAUAAGUGUGGCGAUGAAAAAAGGAGACGGUUAGUUUUGGAAUAGAAAACUAGACUGGAAUUAUGGAUAUUUUCAUUAUUUUUGGUUUCGAAAUGUAGAGAAAAGAGUAGUAAAAUCAAAAUCUUUUUUUUUCUCCAGAAAAUCGUUAUGGAAUAUCUCGUCUUCGGCCCAAAUCCUAUUCUGGCCUUCUUCAUAAAACAAGCCUAACUGGUCCAAUUCAAAUGUCUAUUGAUAUUUUUCCAUCUCAUGUAAUUGAUGUUCGAAUAUGUGUGCAAAACUUGAGAAAAUGUCAAACUCAAACAAUUUCGGCGAGGUCUUGGAAUCGUGUCAGUGCAAAAAUCAAAGUUCAAACUACAGAAAAGGUGAGUGAAGUUUUAAAAGGAAUUUUUAGGGAGAAGAUUGUCCCAAUCCUUAGUAAUUUCCCGCAAAUUGAUUUUUUUCGUUUAAUAAUUGAUUUCAAAAAAUCAAAUUCAAACCUAAUUUUCUAACAUAAUCCAAUAUUUUUUAGGUUUUCGUUUUGUUCUACAAUGGUUCUGCCGAUGAUACAAAAUCAAUAGCAAUCGAUAAUAUUUCGAUUCGAGCUGGUCCCGAAUGUUUUUCUUCUCCAACUUAA